CACCAGGCGUAUUGUGGGCGGUUCGGAAGAUGAGGAGGCGACGCGUGUAGAUUUUUUUUUGGAGGGAGGUGGAAUUUGCCGACUUGGUUCGCCCGUUGCCUCAGAUCUGCCGGCUCCAGACUGCUGGGAGCUUAACUGCCCUGAUCUCCAGCCCGGUUCCUGGGAUUCGCUUUGAAAAUGGCCAGCACUUUCUCCCGGAUCCUCAGCAACAGGAAGGCCAGCGGGAUCCUGACCCUGGUGGGGGCCGGCUCCCUGGCGGCCGGUUACCUACUGACCCGGGAUUGCCUGAAGGCAGGGACCGAGAAGAGGAAACUCUACCCCGCCAGUGCCGACUACCCCGACCUUCGAAAGCACAACAACUGCAUGUCCUCUUGCCUGACUCCUGGAAUAUAUGCCAGACUUCGGGAUAAGACUACACCCAGUGGCUGGACCCUGGAUCAGUGCAUCCAGACGGGAGUGGACAAUCCUGGACAUGAACAUUCUUUCACGAAGUCCAUCGGUAUAGUCGCAGGCGAUGAGGAGUCCUAUGAGGUCUUUGCUGAUAUUUUUGACCCUGUGAUCAUAGAAAGGCACAAUGGAUAUGAUCCGAGGACCAUGAAACACCCGACGGACUUGGAUGCAAGUGAAAUUAGAGGUGGACAGUUUGAUGAGAAUUAUGUCCUGUCUUCCCGUGUGAGGACGGGUCGCGGUAUCCGUGGGCUGAGCAUGCCCCCUGCCUGUACCCGGGCUGAGAGGAGAGAGGUGGAGAAGGUGACGGUUGAUGCCCUCGCUGGGCUGAAGGGAGACUUGGCUGGAAGAUACUACAGUCUGUCCAACAUGACGGAGAAGGAGCAGCAGCAACUGAUUGAUGAUCAUUUCUUGUUCAACAAACCGGUGUCUCCCUUCAUGAUCUCCACAAGGAUGGCUAGAGAUUGGCCUGAUGCCCGUGGGAUUUGGCACAACAAUGAGAAGACUUUCCUAAUCUGGGUCAAUGAGGAGGACCACAUUCGAGUCAUCUCCAUGGAGAAGGGGGGCAACAUGAAGAGGGUGUUUGAGAGGUUCUGCCGAGGUCUCAAGGAGGUGGAGAGACUGAUCUCGGAGAAAGGCUGGGAGUUUAUGUGGAAUGAGAGGCUUGGCUACAUCCUGACCUGCCCGUCAAACCUGGGUACUGGGCUUCGAGCCGGGGUACACAUGAAGUUGCCCAUGCUCAGCAAGGAUCCUCGCUUCUCAGAAAUCCUGGAGAACCUGCGGCUAGAGAAACGUGGCACAAGGGGAGAGAACACACCAGAUGUGGGUGGUGUGUGCGACAUCUCCAACCUGGACCGGAUGGGAAAGUCCGAGGUGGAGCUGGUUCAGUUGGUGAUUGACGGGGUUAACUAUCUGACUGAGUGUGAGAAGCGCCUGCAGAGAGGACAGGACAUCAAGAUCCCUCCACCACUGAGCCAGAGCAGACGCUGAGCUCUCUGUAAUCAAACGGCACCCGUGUGGUCAAUGUGUUGCUAACGUGUUACCGUGGCUGCAAACCCUCUGGAACUUAUCCCAUUCCAAAGCAGAUUAAAUAAACUCCCCAACUGUUGUAACCAACAGAACGUGGCUGCUUGUAAUC